UGUGCUCGAUUAAUUAGUGUAUCGCCCCGAAACUCAAGUUAUAAAUUAAGCGCUUAGUACCAGGCAAAGCUCAGAUUGACUGAAAUAAUGGCGUGGAACAUUGCUCUGCUGAUCUGCUGUUUGGCAGGAGUGGUUUGGAGUAAUCCCAUAGAUGUGGAGGACUGUUCCCGUCGUCAGGACUUCAAUAAUGCAAUGGACUGCUGUGCAUAUCCCACAUUUCGAUUUGAAGAGUUCAAAAAACCAUGUGGUAAAUACAUGCCUUUUGGUGCUCCCAGAAUUUCUCCCUGCCUGUUUGAGUGCAUAUUUAAUGCGACCAACACCAUUGUGAACGGAGUCAGUGAUCCCGAUAAUGUGCGAUUGAUGCUUCAGAAGCUCAUUGGUAAUAAUCACGACUUUCUGGAAGCCUACUUCAAUGGUAUAAUGAGCUGUUCGAGUACUGUACAGGAGAUGAUGAACAACAGAAGGCCUCGACCCCAAAGUAAGGUCGAACGGUGCUCUCCAACCGCCGUUUUCUAUGGGGUCUGUGCCCAGAAGUACGUCUUCAACCACUGCCCCCCAUCUAGCUGGACAGGAAAUGAAUCAUGCGAAAUGCUCCGAUGGAAAAAUAUGAACUGUCCAAGCUCGAAAACAUCACGUGGCUCUGGUCAUCGUUUACUUUAA